CAAUGAUUUGUCUCUUUGCCUCGGUUGCGCCUUUGCUCCAGCUUCUACUUUCAUCGUCUGAUUGCUCCCAACAUCUGAGAUCCAGUUCUUCGACCGCCUAUAUUCUCCCUACUCCUCUCUUCCUAUCUCAUAUUGUACACUGGGGACAUCUGUAUUUCAGCAAAGACCUCACGACACUGCUACAUUCCGAGUCACUCGUAGUGGCAACCCCGCUGUCCCCUUCUCCCUGAUUUUAUCUUGCUUGCCCUACAACUAGAUCCCCAUGGACUGGUCUUCUCCUCACCGGCGGUCGCGAAGAUUGGCGAUACGCAAUGCUUCAAGAGCAACCGUCGGGAAGACUCAACCAUACACUGCUGCUCAAGUCAACAGACCCGCGAACUCUCAAGGCACUCCUGCCAAUCGCCAACCCCGUCGACGGAGGCGCGACAAACGUGCUCAAUCGCCGAUCACUGCAAGACUCAUCAUCAAAACAGAGCCGAGCGAUCGACCUGAAGAUCGAGCUGUAAACAGAACGGACAAUUUGGUUUCCCAACAAGACAAUACUCAGCAAGCGCGUGACCGCCACUCUAAUAUGUCGUCAAUACGACCAACAGUACCCAUGCUGAACGGCAACGUAUCAAAAAACGUUCCAGUGCCCUCGUUGCACUCAAGCUCAGUAUCAACAGCUAGGUCGUCUGCUGUGCUGUCACACUCGCGUGUCCCUUCUAUGGCUUCUUGGACCAGACACAGUCCGAUCAUCAACUCCAGAAUUUCCGAACUAAGGAGACAAGCCCUGGCAAGAGCUCAAGCAUCGCCAACCACAAGUUUACGUCGGUCGUCCUUGCGACCUAUGACGAGGCCCUCUUUGCCUUCUGCAACGCCACGGCCAAUCUCAGCAAUACCACAGACAUCUCCAACUGCACCCCCGACAUUCCCGACAAUACAACGUCGGUUCGAACCUUCUUCUACACCCGUCAGUCUAGAAACGCCCCACGGUCGUGUGAGAAUCCAUUAUCCUAUGAUCAUGACCGACCAGAUCUUCCGAAACACGCGUAUGUGGAUGGACGUCUACCCUGACUGCGGAUACAACUUCCAAGUAGAAGCCUUUGUCGACCGAGCUGGUCAUGCUCCCGCAUUCAUAGAUUGCGGAACUUUCUUGACUCUCGAAGAGGCCAACCGUACUGUCCUCCAAACCUUCUCGGAAGACAUACGCGAACUCAUGGUGGACCGAUACACGAGUAUGGUUUUCCGAGAGACAGAUGAGGUGCCUAGCAGUUCCUACUGGACAGGGUUCUGCUUGGGAUUGCACCACCCGAUUUUGCGAAUAUGGGCAAAGCAGGUUGAUUCGUGGAGCUUUCGUGUCGAGACCAAGAUGGUAGCCAAUUCGGUAGCGCCAUGAUAUGUACAAUAGCACAACCUCGAGUAACAUGUAAAUUUGCAUUCCUUUCUUCUUCUAAUAAUAAUAUAGUA